AUGCGGGAAGUCUGUUUUUUUUCCCCAGGUGCGGGUGUCCAGGGCUUCGAGCUGCAGCAGCCCCAGGACAAGGAGUUGGUGGCAGCGGGGGAGACGCUCACCCUGACCUGCACCAUGUCCGGAGGCGGUCCCGUUGGCGCCGUGAGGUGGCUGAAGGGCCUGGGCAGCGGGAACAAGACCGUCUAUGAGCAGAAGGGCUCCUUCCCCCGCGUGACGAGGGUAGUGAACGAGUCCGGCACGGACUUCAGCAUCCACAUCAGGGAUGUUCGCCCCGAGGAUGCCGGCACCUAUUACUGCGUGAAGUUCGAGAAAUCGCUGCUUGGCGAUGAGGUGUUUCAGCGUGGAAAUGGCACGGAGGUGUCCGUACGUGUUUCCCCCAGUGUCCGUGUGGUCGCUGACCCGCCGAGCCCCAUUGAGGUGAACAAGACCGUGAACUUCACCUGCCACGUGAACGGGUUUUACCCGGGAGAUGUGGCCGUCACCUGGCUGGAGAAUGGGACGGAGAUGAAGGUGGAGAACACCUCCCGGCUGGUGGAGACUCCCCAGGGCUUGUUCGAGCUGAGGAGCCUGGUGGAGGUCAAAGCGACGGAGGAGAAGAACGGGUCCGUGUUCACCUGCCGAGUGGUGCAUGAUGCCCAGAACCCCAUCAGCGAGAUGGCUGCCCUGCGGAUCGCCGCCCCAGCCAGGGAUGGACUGAGCGACUGGUCUCAGACAGAUAACAACAAUUUGCUCCUCAUCUAUAUUGUGGUGGGAGUGGUCUGCACUGUGCUGGCACUGCUGGUGACUGCAAUUCUUUACCUCAUCCGGGCAAAGCAGAGCAAGGGUAAAAGCUCGCCAUCUGCUAGGUUACAUGAGCCGGAGAAGAGCAGCGAGGCCACUACCCAGGAAUCCGACCCCAACAACCUGACCUACGCGGACCUGAACUUCGACAGAGAGAGGAAGACCAUCCGCCGGAUGGUGGAGAUGAGCCAGCAGUCAGAGUACGCCUGCAUCCAGACCAGCCGGGCGCCUGCCGGCGACGACAACCUCACCUAUGCCGACCUGGACAUGGUGCACCUCAGCAAGGCACCCAGGCGUCCGGCCCCAUGCCCUGAGGAGGCCAGCUCCGAGUACGCCAGCGUCCAGAUCCCGAGGAAGUGA